GAAAUUUAUAUCUUUAAGACUUAACUCUAACACUUCAAGUAAACCAUUUCCCAGUGAAGUUGUUAGACUAGGAAUUAACAUGUGUAUCUUAUUUCUUUGCUAACAUUAAGUCUUAAAGCUGAUGCUUUAUAUGCAUAAUGGCUUAUAAACACACACACAAUUUUGUUAUAAACAUUUUUCAUAAUUAUGGAUCUACUAUAUCCUAUGCAGCGGAAGUACCCAAAAUGGUCUUGCUUUUCUAUUCUUUCUUUAAGUCACUUGUUGGCAAGGAUGUGGUUGUGGAGCUGAAAAAUGACCUAAGUAUAUGUGGAACUCUUCAUUCAGUGGACCAGUAUUUAAACAUCAAACUUACAGAUAUAAGUGUGACAGAUACAGAUAAAUAUCCACACAUGCUGUCUGUAAAGAAUUGCUUUAUAAGAGGAUCUGUAGUCCGGUAUGUUCAACUGCCAGCCGACGAAGUGGAUACUCAGCUUCUACAAGAUGCCGCGAGGAAGGAAGCUUCUGCACCAACAAGAUAAGAAUAAAUACAAAUAUUACAUUUCUAAUUAAGGCAACAAAAAAUAAUUUAAAUGGCGUACAUCCAAACCUAUUUUUAUGUAUUAAAAUAUGUUACUCAUUUAGCAUUCAGCUUACAUUGUUUUGUAUCUAUUAUAUUUACUUUUAUAAGGCAAAACUUGAAACUGUAAUGUAAUAAGUCUCAAAUUAUUUGGCAUAGUGUUUGAAAUGCUGCACUGAGUACUUUAACACUAUGAGUAUUCUAAUAAAAUCACUUCAUGUUAAACAUAAAAUCACA